AUGGACCCCAGACAAUGCCCCUCUAGGAGCCGCGACGGAUUCUUCGUGUUGGCGAAGAGCCAUGCCUACAUGUCUUUUAGCAGACGAUCCCCUUCCCCCAGCACAGAACCCCGCAUAAAUCCCGAGAAGACCCCGCACAGCCCACAAGAACCUCCAGAAGAUAGACCGCAAGAGCUCCUGGAUGAACUAAAGGAUGUCUACGAUAAUGAGGCUUGCGAGUAUCGGCGAUGCUUGAACAUCGUUGCUGAAGACCUGAAACACGUCCUGGCCCAGGAGUCCAUCCGCCAUCUCCCCAUCGUCUCCAGGGUGAAGACCUGGGUCUCCAUCAGUGGGACUGCCCAACGCCGACAAAAGGACCGUUUAUCCGCGCAAGCGAUUCGGCAAAAGAUGAUGGAGCGGAAAGAGAAUUGGGAGCAGCAUUUCGAGCGAUACAAGAUGAGCAAAACCGAGCUGGGCUAUUUCAGGAACCGCGACGAGCUCAGCCACGUGUUCCACGACAUGCUCGGCGCGCGGAUCAUACUCUACUUCCCCAGCGACACCAAGAAGGUUCUCAGCCUGCUGCAGAACGCAGGGUACGAGAUGGCCAAGGACCCGAAAAGGAUGGGGGGCCUGGCGGACGUCAAGAGGCUCCGUAAGCUCCACGCGAAAUGGCUAGACGCGGACGCGUCCAAGGCCGCACCCACCGACGAUCUCGACCUGGACGGCGUGGAGCAGCAGUUCUCGGGGUACGGCGCGAUCCGGCUGGCUGCGAAGGUGCCCCGGCGGCUGCAGCCGCGAGAGCUAGGACCAGAAGCGGCCGAGAUCUGGGAGAGGCGCGUGGUGGAGAUCCAGGUCAGCACCGUGAUGAUGCACGCGUGGGCCGAGGUCGAGCACGACAUGACUUACAAGACCCAGCACGAGCGCGAGGUGACGCAGGAUGAGAAGGGCGUGCUGGACAUGCUCAACGGCCUCGCCAUCGCGAGCGAGGUGGGCUUGCGCCGUCUGAGAUCACCGCCCUCGGCGCCGUCCCCGGUGGCUGAGUCUGUUGAGGAGCUGCGUAGUUGGUUGUACCAGCUCUACAUCGUCAAGGAUAGGAGCACGCCGGCCGAGUGGGCUGACCUGAAUCAGCUUUGGGAUUUUCUGGUCCGAGGUGGCAAGAAUCGACGGGAUGCGUUCCAGCCCCUUGCUGAGGCGGCUUGGGAAAUAUUGUUGGGUGCCGAACGCGGCGUAAGUUUUGAGCUCGACCAUAUCCUGCCGUACAUCAUUAUGUACGGGCGCCUACCACAUCACGCGAUAGCAGAGGGCCCGAGGAAGCCGUUCGUCGAUACGGAUCCGCCAUCUGUCACCAGUGAUGGCAACGGCAUAAUAGCAACACUCCACAAAGCGGCCAAUAUAAUCGGCAACAUGGCCCUUCAGGGCCGCGUUCAGGACAGCCAGAUUGAUCCCCACGUAAAGGACAAUAACGGCCGCAAAGUCGCCUGUAUAUAA